AUCGUGGCGGCCAAAAUAAUGCUCCUGUAUCGAGGGGCCCCCGCUGGCCCUGGCGCGCCGGGCAGCGGGCUGGCUCGGCCCGGCGGCGGCCCACAGGCCUUUGGGAUUCGCCUGAGCACGAUGAGCCCCCGCUACCUCCAGAGCAACUCCAGCAGCCACACACGACCCUUCAGUGCCAUCGCGGAGCUGCUAGAUAAUGCAGUAGAUCCAGAUGUAUCUGCCAGGACGGUCUUUAUAGAUGUUGAGGAGGUCAAGAAUAAAUCUUGUUUGACCUUUACUGAUGAUGGAUGUGGAAUGACACCUCAUAAACUACACCGAAUGCUCAGCUUUGGCUUUACAGAUAAAGUAAUAAAGAAGAGCCAGUGUCCCAUCGGGGUCUUUGGUAAUGGUUUCAAGUCAGGUUCCAUGCGGCUAGGAAAGGAUGCUCUCGUCUUCACCAAGAAUGGGGGUACUCUCACUGUUGGACUCCUGUCACAGACCUAUCUGGAAUGUGUCCAGGCCCAGGCAGUUAUUGUACCAAUUGUUCCAUUCAACCAGCAAAACAAAAAAAUGAUUAUUACUGAGGAUUCCUUGCCCAGCCUAGAAGCCAUCUUGAACUAUUCAAUUUUCAACAGUGAAAAUGACCUGCUUUCCCAGUUUGAUGCCAUCCCAGGCAAAAAAGGCACUCGUGUUCUCAUUUGGAACAUCCGCAGAAAUAAAGAUGGAAAGUCUGAGUUGGACUUUGAUACAGAUCAAUAUGACAUCCUGGUAUCAGACUUUGGCACAGAAGAAAAAGAGACUGGUGGUGUUACCUGUGAGCUGCCAGAAACAGAGUAUUCUUUACGGGCAUUUUGUGGCAUUCUGUAUAUGAAGCCACGAAUGAAAAUUUUUCUACGCCAAAAGAAGGUGACCACCCAGAUGAUUGCCAAGAGCCUGGCCAAUGUAGGAUAUGAUUUAUAUAAACCUACCUUCACAAAUAAGCAGGUGAAAAUAACUUUUGGGUUCUCUUGCAAGAAUAAUAACCAGUUUGGAAUGAUGAUGUAUCAUAACAACCGACUCAUAAAGUCUUUUGAGAAGGUGGGAUGCCAGGUGAAGCCAACUCAUGGAGAAGGUGUGGGAGUAAUUGGAGUCAUCGAGUGCAAUUUCUUAAAACCCGCCUACAACAAACAAGACUUUGAGUACACCAAAGAGUACCGCUUGACAAUAAAUGCCCUUGCCCAGAAGCUCAAUUCUUAUUGGAAGGAAAAGACAUCCCAAGAGAAUUUUGAGACCUCAGCCAUCACCAGGCCAAUAUCGAAGAUUCCUGACCAGACAUGGGUACAGUGUGACGAGUGUCUUAAAUGGAGGAAGCUUCCUGGCAAGGUUGAUCCGUCUACAUUACCUGCAAGAUGGUUUUGUUACUAUAAUUCCCAUCCAAAGUACAGGAGAUGCUCUGUUCCAGAGGAACAAGAACUCAUCGAUGAAGACCUGUACUUGAACAAAGCUAAAAAACAGGAUCAAGUGGUUGAGAAGAAGAAGCUGCCAGUGGACAGUGAGAACCACCAGGUAUUUGCCAAUCCGCUGAAGAUCCCUGCUAGUCGAGAUAUGGAUGACUUGAACAAUAAGACAAUUGAAUAUGAGGGAAUGGAUAGUCCUAGCCGGCCUCCAUCUGUUGGAGAAGAAAGCAAGACACCCUCUCUUCAGCUUAAGCCUCUGGAUUCCAGUGUUUUUCAGCUUUCCAGUAAGUACAAAUGGAUCCUGGGAGAGGAGCCGGUGGAGAAACGAAGAAGGCUCCAGAAUGAGAUGACAACACCUCCUCUAGAUUAUUCCAUGCCUGGCCCUUAUAGGAGGGUGGAGGCAGCUGUCUCCUACUCAGAAGGGGAGAACAGCCAUGAUAAAUCCAGUUCGGAGAGAAGCACACCACCGUACCUUUCUCCAGAAUACCCAGAUGCAAACAAGAAUCCCAGUCAGAGUAGGGAGGUGUCAGUCCUGUAUUCAGGGGCCCAAGACCAACACCAGGGGUCCCUGCUCCCUGAAGAAUUAGAAGAUCAGAUGCCAAGAUUGGUAGCAGAAGAAUCUAACAGAGGCAGCACAAAUGUAAACAAAGAGGAAGUAAACAAGGGACCUUUUGUAGCUGUUGUCGGUGUUGCAAAAGGUGUUAGAGAUUCAGGAGCUCCCAUUCAACUGAUCCCUUUCAACAGAGAGGAGCUGGCUGAGAGGAGAAAAGCAGUGGAAUCCUGGAGCCCGGGGCCUUACCCCUCCGUGGCCUCUGGUCCCCCCCCUGCCGCAGCCGCUGGGGAGAAGGGCCGAGGUUCUGAGGAGGGCGGAGGUCGCAGUUCGCCAAAGAUGAAGAACCAAAGAGAACUGGAAGAACUGAAAAGAACCACAGAAAAACUGGAACGUGUUUUGGCUGAGCGGAACUUGUUCCAGCAAAAGGUGGAGGAGCUGGAACAGGAGAGGAAUCACUGGCAUUCUGAAUUCAAGAAAGUCCAGAGUGAAUUGGUGACCUACACCACCCAGGAGACGGAAGGCUUGUAUUGGAGCAAGAAACACAUGGGCUAUCGCCAAGCUGAAUUCCAAAUUCUGAAAGCCGAGCUGGAGAGAACCAAGGAAGAAAAGCAGGAACUCAAAGAGAAACUGAAGGAGACAGAGAUGCACCUGGAAGUGCUGCAGAAGGCUCAGGUCUCCUACCGGACCCCAGAGGGAGAUGACCUAGAAAGGGCUUUGGCAAAGCUUACGCGGCUGCGUAUCCACGUCAGCUAUCUCCUUACUUCUGUCCUCCCUCACUUGGAGCUUCGUGAGAUCGGGUUUGACUCAGAGCAAGUGGAUGGGAUCCUGUAUACGGUGCUGGAGGCAAAUCACAUACUGGAUUGAGCACCGGACUAUACACUCUAUAUACCCUUCUGUACCCUACCCUACCCUACUCUACCCUACCCUACUCUACUCUACCCUACCCUAC